AUGUUAUUAUAAACUAGUAUUAUAAAACUCUGCAGCGAUUACUGGAUAUUUGUACAUAUAUUACGUUUCGGGGUAUAAUUUAAUGAAGGAAAAAAAUAAAAACUGAUGAUAGUAAUUAUUUCCCCCCGUAACCGUUUUGUAAUAAGAGAAGCGUGGACUUGGCGCGAGUAUUUAAACAUCAGUGCCGGUAGUUUGUUUCAUUUAGCGCGGGUACAGAGGGGGCAAGCAGCAAGGGCUUCAGGGUUUCAGCAGCGAACCUGCAUUUUAAAAAUAAUUUUGUGUGAUUUUUUUUAUUGUUUAAAUAAAUUUUAGCAAAUAUGCCCUGCUCUGAAGUCACAACGCUGGAAAAUGAAUCGACUUCCCCGGCGAAGCGCGGCAGGACGGAGGAUGCAACCGGAGGGAGAUUCGUGCUGAAAUUCGCCCGAUUGUCAGAAAACGCCACAAUCCCUACGAGAGGCUCCACCAAAGCUGCUGGUUACGACCUUUACAGCGCCUACGAAUAUACCCUGGCGCCUAUGGACAAAGCGUUGGUGAAGACGGACAUCCAGAUCGCCGUCCCCCCGGGCUGUUACGGCAGGGUCGCUCCGCGGUCUGGAUUGGCGGCGAAAAACUUCAUAGAUGUCGGAGCUGGCGUGGUGGACGAGGACUACAGAGGAAAUGUCGGCAUCGUGCUCUUCAACUUCGGGAAGGAGGCCUUUCAAGUGAAGAAAGGGGACCGCGUGGCGCAGCUGAUCUGUGAGAGAAUCUGCUACCCAGAGCUGGAGGAACAUGAGAGCCUAGACGAAACUGCGAGGGGGGCUGGUGGCUUUGGAUCGACGGGUAGAAACUGAAACGGUGUCUCUCUUUACCUACUGCAAAUACUUGAAUUUUUUAAAUGUGUAUUCUGGUUCCAUGAAUUGUUGUUACACCAGAUAUGUGAAGUUCUUACUUGGUGCUGUUUUCAUUCAGAAUUGCAAUAAAGUUUCAGGAAAACUAAGAGUGGAA